GCAUCAAGUGCUUUCAACUUUCUGUGCAGCCACUUAGAAGGAGCAAUGAGGAGAGAGGAGCUGUCGCCCUGCUGAUGCCAGGACGUCUAGGAUGAAUUAACUGCCGUUUGUUCUUCUUUUUGUUAAAAAAAAAAGGACAUUCUUUGUGCAUGUUUUAGGACAAAGAAACAAGAUAUUGCGGAUUUCUCAUCUCCAUCAAUCGGAUGCAAGCAGUGCCAGGCCCAAUUCAUAAUGGGCCCUCUACACUUGUGUGUGCUGCUCCCAGUGACGGCGUUGGUCGUGGCGGCUGUCGCCACCGAGCUGUCUGCAACGGUUGACGACGAGUACACUUGGCCUCAGUGGAAUUUGCCUCUGGUAAGGAAGAGGCGCACGCUGCCUCUGACUAGUCCCAACUUCUCAGCUCAUCCUAAGGGAGAGGUGAGCGGAACAUGUGGGAUUGAGUGUCAGCGUGGCCUCCCCUCGCCCUCCCUGGAUGACCUGGAGCAGCUCCUAUCCUACGAGACGGUUUAUGAGAAUGGCACGCGCACGUAUACCUCGGUGUCCGUACAAGGUCUCAACGAGGUGAGCGAUUGGUCCAGAAACGACUCCUCGAGCUCCCGUCACAAAAGAGAGGUGUAUGGCACGGAUACCCGCUUCACUAUUUCUGAUAAGCAGUACUCCACUAAGUAUCCCUUCUCCACUACUGUCAAGAUCUCCACGGGUUGUUCUGGAGUUCUGGUGUCACCUAAACACGUGUUGACGGCUGCCCACUGUAUCCAUGAUGGAAAGGAUUAUUUGGAUGGCGUUCAGAAGCUUCGCGUUGGUAUUCUCAAGGAAAAAUCUCGAAAAGGGAAAGGAGGCAAAGGAAAAGGAGGGCGAGGGAAAGGCAAGAAGAGAAAGGGAGAUGGUGCCAAAGAAGAAAUAAAGCAAGUGGAAGACAAGGGAGGGAGCCAUAAAGGAAAGGACGGAAAGGGUAGAAAGAGCCGGAGUCGCCGCAGCGCAGAGGUGGAGAAACCUUCAUUUCGGUGGACCAGGGUUAAGAAAACCCAAGUGCCUAAGGGUUGGUUCAAAGGUGUGUCUGAUGAACUGACUGCAGAUUAUGACUAUGCAGUUUUGGAGCUAAAGCGAGCCCCCAAAGUGAAGCACAUGGAUCUGGGUGUUAUCCCCUCAGUCAAGAAGCUCCCUGCAGGAAGAAUCCACUUCUCUGGUUUUGAUGAUGACCGGCCGGGAAAUCUGGUAUACAGGUUUUGCUCUGUGUCCGAGGAAUCUACUGAUUUAUUGUACCAGUACUGCGACGCCAAGCCCGGUUCCAGCGGCUCUGGGGUUUACAUCCGUCUCAAAGAGCCAGGCAAGAAAAAGUGGAAGAGAAAGAUCAUCGGGGUCUUCUCUGGUCAUCAGUGGGUGGAUGUUAAUGGAAAUGGGCUGCAGCAGGAUUACAACGUGGCAGUGAGGAUAACGCCUCUCAAAUAUGCCCAAAUCUGCUACUGGGUCCACGGGGACUCAAGUGAAUGCCAGGUAUCCUAAAACAACACAGAUCCAGAUCCACUUCCUUUCAACCAAAGGACACCCAAUCUCCUCGACUUCCCACCUCCUGUCACCAACACGGUGCCUGUCUGGCUUCCUGCCUGUGCCUCCCACCAAAAACACAUGACACAGCCAGACAGACUCAGUGUUGACAACAACAGGAACUCCGAAACACAUAGAGAACUGUGGCUUUUCUAAUUUAUUUGAAAAAAAAAAUGGAGAAAAUCAUAUGUAUUUUAAUUAUUUGGUUGUUUUUUUUUGUUUAGAUUUGUGGCAAUUUUUCACUACGUUGGAUACAUUUCUAAAAUAUGCAUCAACAUGCAAGUUCUGAUCAUUGAGAUGAUGAUGGCUUGAGAGCAAUGACAAAUUUAUGUAAACUAUAUUCCACAAACAGACUACAUUAUAGAUAUAAUGAAUAAAUGAAUGAACUUUUAACAAGCUGGUGUUUUGCAAUAUGUAUGUCUAAAUUGUUUUGUAUGUCUACAGCCUUGUUUCUGUUCCCGUUGAGCUGGUUCCAAUGGACCUUAAAUUGAAAUUAACAUGCCAGCUUUCCUUUGUAGCAGUGAAAUGUUUCUUUUUUUUCCUCAUUGAUGUGCACAUAAUUGGUGCUUAUCCAGAACACAUGGUGCUAAUUUAUCAAACUCAGCUUUUUUUUUCCAGGGAAAGGGGAGCCUACUACUGUAACUAUGAUUUUGAGGCUGCUAAAAUUGGACUGAGCCUUUAAAUAAUUUACAUGACAAUUUAAUUGAUUUAUUAUGCAAAGGAUUUAAUUUGACCAAAGACAUUAUUAAAUCAUUGUUUGAUAACA